AUUUAAUGAAUGUGUCGAAGACGUGUAGUGUCAAUACUUUUUUGAAAAAUCGCGUGUCGACUUAUCCAACCCAGUCGGUGCAUCAUAGCCGUAUAAUCACAGACAUGGACUUGGAGGUGAAUCUGUAAUGGGUUUGUAAUAAGCCUUUGAAUCACAUAAUUGUGAAAUUAAAGUAAUAAUUGCUUGUUUAGGAAUUUGAAUGGCUAUAGUAAAUGCUUUCAAAUGUACAGUUGACUCUCUCAUGGCCUCAUGCCAUAUAAAUUUCAAAGAUAGCUACACAUCUGAACAUUAAUGCAUACUCAGCUCAGGAAUUUUCUUGAUGAAACACUUUCACAAUCUAGAGUUUGAUUUAUCUUUUAAGUGUCGACUGGAACCCCAAAUGGGGAAUUAUGGCCAAAGUCAAAAAAUAUACUUUUGAUGUCAUUAAUGCUCACUGUUCACUUCGCUCUAAUUUGGCACUGCUGUAUUGUCGUUUACUGUUAUAUGAAAUGCUGAACCAUCAUACCCGGAGAUGUCACUUAUUGCAUUGUGUAAAUUCAGGAAAAAGCACCUUUAAGCCCUAACUGUAGUGUCAUGCAGAACAGGUCUUUCCUAAUGGUUGAGGUACAAAAUAACAAAAUAAAUGGAUGAAGGGACUGCUUAUGAUCUUCAGAACACUUAAUGCACCCAUAUGUGGAAUAUCAAUUCUGUCGAGUUAGAAUGGCCAAAACAAAUUCCAACCUUAACUGAACCUGAAUGGAGCAUAUUGAUUCCCAGAAAAGAUCAUGGUGCAGUGCUUAGACGGAGUGAAGCAUCUGCUUUCUGCUGUUGUGAAUUGCUGCGAUUCUGAAAUAUAUAAGCAACCAGGGGGCCUGGAAAAUCCUGAAGCUCUCGCAAGGGAGACUGUGUUCAGUGUCAGUGAAAUAGAAGCAUUGUAUGAAUUAUUUAAGAAGAUCAGCAGUGCUGUGAUUGAUGAUGGGCUCAUCAACAAGGAAGAGUUCCAACUUGCUUUAUUUAAAACAAACAAAAAGGAGAGUUUGUUUGCUGAUCGGGUAUUUGAUUUGUUUGACAAAAAACACAAUGGGAUAUUAGACUUUGACGAGUUUGCGCGCGCUCUUUCAGUCUUUCACCCCAAUGCUCCCAUUGAAGAUAAAAUUGAUUUUUCAUUCCAAUUAUAUGAUCUCAAGCAGCAAGGAUUCAUUGAAAGACAGGAGGUAAAGCAAAUGGUAGUGGCCACACUUGCAGAAUCUGGCAUGAAUCUUUCUGACGAUGUAAUAGAAAGUAUUAUCGACAAGGGUUCUUGCGGGGUCAAAUCAUGUGCUUUCCAUGUCAAAGCCAUUCUUACUGAUUUGACUUUUGAGGAAGCUGACACCAAACAUGAUGGGAAAAUUGACAAAGAAGAGUGGCGGAAUCUUGUAAUGCGACAUUCAUCUCUCUUGAAGAAUAUGACUCUUCAAUACCUCAAAGACAUUACCACCACAUUCCCGAGCUUUGUAUUUCACUCUCAAGUCGAUGAUACCUAAAUUCAAGAGGUCUCUAGUCUCUCAGACCCAGGAAGUAAUGGUUUUUCACAUCUAGACAAUAUUUUGUUCUGUGUUCGAGGUCUACAAAGAAAAACAUCUGCCUAUUAUGGUGAUUGGGAAUUCUUUUGUUCAUUUGAUAAGUGGUGAAAUGAUGACUUUAUAUUUCCUUUUUCUAAGACUAAACAUUGUAGUUAUUAUGUAUUAGGCUUUUAGUUUGAACCAAUGCUCUGUAUAUACUCUCUUUGGUUUGGCUUUAAAUUGGAGAAAAUGAAUGAGGUAUAUAAAACAUUAUUUAGCUGGCAA